AGUUGUAUGAGCUGGAUUACUGUGCUGGUUUUAGGUUUAAACUUCUCUAAAUACAUUUUCUUGAAUUCUACUUUUUUCCCGAUGGAAUGAAUAAACCAGAUAUGAUACAUUAUGAAAAUUCUACAAUGAAUUCUUCAGACAAAUCGCCAAAUAAUACAACUAGUGCACAAUGUGAUGAUUCCACAAAGGGUUGUACUUUAAAUAUCGCAGAUAUGCAUUGCUAUGAUGAUCUGAAGGAUUUGUGUAUCAAAAAUGUUCCAUUCUGGAGUACUGUAUCCAGGAGCGAUAUUGCUGUAGAGAAAAUUGCCGCUGCAUAUACUAAUGAUGCUUAUAAAGUAUCUCUGAGAGCUAACUAUGACACACCCGGUAAUAUAACUGAAGUUAUGAUUAAAAAAAUAUCUCCAUACAAGUCCAUAUUAUUUGACAUUGAUGAUCAUACUUUAAUAGCUGAAUUGCUAGGAAAUCAAGAAUUGGGACCAAAAAUUGUAGGAAAAUUUCAGGGGGGAGUAAUACAAAAAUGGAUAAAGGGAGCACCGGUGACAUUUGAAACGAUUCAUAACAUAUCAACGCUUGCCUCACUGGCACGAUUCCUGGGUAGAUUUCACAGGAUAGGCACUGAGAUUGCACCAAAACACCUAGACAGGACUCCCAUGAUCUUAAGACUGUUGGAUAGGUGGUCAAAAAAAGCCCUGGAUACAGCAAAUAAGCACAACUUGGAUCUUGAUGUAGAAGGAAUUAUCAAUGGAAUCAGCGUAUACAAAAGAGCUCUGAACAAACAUCUUAAAAAUAGUCACACGUUCACAAACAGUGUAGUCUUUUGCCAUAACGACCCUGGUUAUAGAAACGUUAUAGAUACAGGUCACGGGAAAUGUUUCAUAGAUUUUGAGUACUCUGGAUUUAAUUAUGUUGGCUGUGAAAUUUCAAGAUUCUUUUACGAGGCAUCUAUGUACUUUACAACGGGAGUACCACCCUACCUCAUUUUCGAAGAUCCGUUGGAUAUUGAUUAUACUCACCGGUCACUCUUUGUAAGUGUAUAUCUAUCUGAAGUUCUUGGAAAAAACGUCUUACCAUCGGAUAAAACAAUUAUUGACGAAUUUCUGACAUCUCUACAAAUACACUCCCUGGGAGUUUAUCUUUAUUGCGCACUUUGGCGCGUGACAAUGUUGUCCAUAGAGGGAAUCCAGCUAUUUCCUAAAUUUAUCGAUUUCGCUAAAGCACAGUAUCAAUUAUAUAAAAAUCAGUUGAAAAAACUUAUAGAGAAUGGAGUAAUAUCCGAAGAUGGUGUUGGUACAUGUUGA